GGUGCGUUCAAUCAACUGGGUUAGGGGUUGCGGAUCGUCUCCAAACCCUCCGCUUGGCGGCUAGCCGCCUUCUUCUUUCUCUUUUACUGAAGCAGCUGUCUUCACCGUCGAUGAAACUCGGUGACCCAUUUUCCGGCCAGACUAAAAGUUCCUAAAUUGGAACUAAAGAAAGAUACUUGCGACCUGGGCGGCGUCUUUUCUGAGCUCCAACCUAUCAUCUUUCUGAGCGCCUUUGUGCUUACCUCUUAACAGGAGCUUAUUAAGUGCAUCCACAAUGUUAAUAACUAGGCUUUCAAGACUUGGAUCUUCAAUUGUCAAUGAGCUGUCAAGAAGUAUGUUUCUAAUUUCAAGUUUAGAUUCAUUUUAUAUUAUCUCGUUAUGAAAAAUUAGCAUUUUCAGUGUUUGGAGCCUGAUUGUACUACGAAGCAACUUCCUUACAGCCUGUAACAUCUCUAUUUUGGCAUAUACCUGACCAUAUCUACAACAAGAUAUGUACAGAGGCCUUGCCAUCAAUACCAGUGCUCCCUGGUGAAUUAUCUUUCUUUUUAUGAUUCCUUGCAUUGUUUCCUUGGUUAUUUGGUUUGAUAUGCAAGUGCUAUGGCUUUCCAGUCAAAGUGAUUGAUGAAAUAGAAGCUUAAGAUUUUGAUAUAUAGCCUUUUAUGCUUACUAAUGGCCCUUGUCAGCAAUCUAUGUGUUAAGAGCUGGAGCUUAAGUGAAGCUAACAGGAGAAAAUAGUUGUUAUUUGAGGUCCUUAAUUGUGAAAUGGAAGUUAUUUUAUCAAAUUCCAUUUUUAUUAGAAAAGGAUUUCACAUUUAGCUCAUCAUCAUAACUGUUUUUACUAUGGCCCUCACUUUGUUUGUGUGUGUGCAGUUUAAAUUGCCAUCAGAAAUGAAGACUUCCCUGGCCAUAUUUCAGCGGAGUCAUGAUUUCUGUACAUUAGCUUCAAACAAUGCUUCUGAGGAGGAGAAUGGACAGAAAGUAACGAUAUCUGUGACAUUUGUUGAUAAGGAAGGGGAAGAGAAACACAUUAAGGUGCCUAUUGGAAUGUCUAUGUUGGAAGCUGCCCAUGAAAAUGACAUAGAACUUGAAGGCAGGGAUUUUGAUUAAUUCUUUUCUUACUCCCAUUAUUCGCAGCUUUCCUUUAAAUCUGGUCCUUUCUCAUCUUCGGACUUUUUUGAAGUUGAAGAGUGGACAUGGAGUACUACAACAAAUUAGAGGACCCAACUGAUGAGGAGAAUGACAUGUUGGAUCUGGCUUUUGGGCUUACAGAAACGUCUCAAUUGGGAUGUCAAGUGAUUGCAAAACCUGAACUUGAUGGAAUUCGUUUAGCCAUUCCUCCUGCCACUCGAAACUUUGCUGUUGAUGGGUAUGUUCCAAAAGCACACUAGACCAAUAAAACCCCAGGCAUUGUUCUGCACAUACAAAGCAUUAUAUGCCAAUCCACUUUUGUUGCCUCUGUAUUUUAUUGGACUAGGUAGACAGGAAUCUAGUCCCUGAGAGAUUGCUUUUGUAUUGAUUGUUUCAGUUAAAUUCCAAAUGAUUCCUUUUUAUAAACAUGAAACUGAACA